CGAUCGCGUUCGGGUUUAGUGUGGCGGGCGCGGCCAUAUUGGCAGUACGUUGAGUGUCUGUGUUUUUUAGUGUUGUGAAAUUUCUAUCGAUAAUCAUCGCAAAAUGUCUGAACGGGAGGAUAACGUCUACAAGGCGAAAUUGGCAGAACAGGCCGAACGUUACGAUGAGAUGGUCGACGCCAUGAAGAAGGUGGCCAAGCUGGACUUGGAGUUGACCGUCGAAGAGCGCAAUCUUCUGUCGGUGGCUUACAAGAACGUGAUCGGUGCCCGACGAGCGUCCUGGCGUAUAAUAUCGUCAAUUGAACAGAAGGAAGAAAGCAAAGGCACCGACGACAAAUUGGAAAUGAUAAGACAGUACAGGUCACAAGUCGAGAAAGAAUUGAGAGACAUCUGUUCGGAUAUUUUGAACGUAUUGGAUAAACAUCUGAUACCGGCGGCGUCAACCGGCGAAUCGAAAGUCUUCUAUUAUAAAAUGAAGGGUGAUUACCAUCGAUAUUUGGCCGAGUUCGCAACAGGCAACGAUCGCAAAGACGCCGCCGAGCAUUCGUUGGUCGCUUACAAGUCAGCGAGCGACAUCGCAAUGACGGAACUCCCGCCCACGCACCCGAUUCGGCUCGGUCUGGCGCUAAAUUUCUCGGUAUUUUACUACGAGAUAUUAAAUAGCCCCGAUAGGGCCUGUCGUCUGGCGAAGGCGGCCUUCGACGACGCCAUCGCCGAGUUGGACACGUUAUCCGAAGAGAGCUACAAAGACAGCACGCUGAUCAUGCAAUUGUUGCGCGACAACCUGACGCUGUGGACCAGUGAUAUGCAAGGAGACGGCGAGGCGGAGCCCAAAGAGCAGCUGCAGGACGUAGAGGACCAGGACGUGUCGUAACUGUUUAGCUGAUCUCCAGCGACUACGAACUAACCAGUGCUGUGUAGUGCGGGCCAGGCCCAGACAUUCGAACCGGAGGCGGUAACCGUCUCGAUCCCAGUACAUACUGUAUUAUUAUAAUUAUCUUAGCCGUAACUCUAUAUUGUAUCUGUUUGUCUCAAAAUGUGUGAAUGAGAGAGCCUCUCUACGAGCGACUGUUCUCUGAUUUCUCUCCUCUCUCCUUGCCCUGUCUCCUCGGCCAUUGUCCCGGCGCACGCAAUGUUAAUCUUUUUCUAUUAAACAUCAAAAAUAAACAAAUUAAACGUACUCUCGGUCUAGCAGCUUGGCCUCCCCCUUUAUACUCCCUCCCAGUGAGAGUGGCGUGUGGUGCGAAUGAGGCGAGUGUCUUGUUUAUUUUCCCGCUUUAUUUAUAUUGAGUUUGAACGAAAAAGGCAGCCUUUCGAGGGAAUUGUAGUAUUAGGUGAUUGAUUUUUGGCAAUAGAGCAGUAUUUUUGUGGCGAGCAAAAACACGCAUAUUUCCGUACAAAUGGCAUUCCGCUAUUUUCGAGUACUUACAGUAGAUUUUAUGUGAUGGUGAUUGCAUGUCGAGCAAUAAGUUUUUUCUAUUUUGUAAAUCUAUUUUUUUACAUCACUGUUUUAUCGGAAAACUGGUGAAAUUUCAGUUUUUCGCGGUACUUAAUGUCACCACUGCCAGUGAAUCUCAACGGAGCGAAACAUUACUAAGGGUUGGUGCAGGAUUUUACCAGUUUUUUUGUUUAUGACAAUUAUUUGGCUGUUGUGAUUUUUUAACUGCAUUUUUAACGUGCGUAUGAAUGUGAAGAAAAAAAACAAUGCUGUGUAGAUUGAUUUAAAGAAAUUGAUGUAUUAUUAUAAAAUUAUUUAAAAACAGA